UACGUACGUUGGGCAUCGCGUGAUGAUCUCUCAUGAUCUCUCUGCUAGUGCUAGCUUCUUCCACACGGCCGGCCAGGCCGCCGGCCGGGCCAACCCGCCUCACAUCACCACCUGCUCGAUCCCCAUGCCCUGCUGAGGUGGGAAGAGAGAAUACAUAAAUACGGCGCCAUGUUCUUCCCUUCCCUUCCCUCCCUCCCUUCUCUCCUCCCCCGCCACUCACUGAGUAAUUGCCUACCUGCAGCGCCACCGUCCACCGGCACGGCACCGCCCUCUCUCUCUCUCUCUCUCUCUCUCUCUCUCUCUCUCUCUGAACCAUCCAAGAUCGCUCAUUCACUCUGCACCAGUGAGGCAGUCACCAGCUCACCACUGACCGAUCCGUCUGUUCAAAAUACUUCACCGCCGAAGCGGCCGGGCGGGCGGCGAUGGGGAGGAAGGGUGGUCUCGCCUCCAUCUUCUCCUCCAAGCCCAAGCCCGACGACUCGCCCUCCGCGCCGUGGCCGUGGCCGUCCUGCGCGGCCAAUCCGCAGACCGCCUCCUUCCGCGGCCCGGGGCGCCGCCGCCACGCCGACGACGACAGGCCCUGCACCACGGGCUCCUCCGACCCCGCCGCCGGGAGGCUUCGCCCGCCGCGCAAGGCCGCGGCGUGCGGCGACGAGAUGUACAAGACGGUCAACUCAGUCUACUUCGACGACGCCGCCGACUCCUGCAGCUUCUUCUUCGACGACGACGGCGCCUGGGACGCGGCGGUGGAUGACCUGGACCUGGACGACGGGAGCUUCUCCACGACCACCGCGUCGGAGGAGUGGUCGGAGGCCGUGAUCCGCAGCCUCGGGCGGACCUCCACCGACCGCUUCUUCUUCGACGUGGGCCCUGCGGCGCCGGCGUCGAACUCCAUCCUCGCCGCCUCGCCGUCUCACGGCAGCAGGACGACGGCUCGGGCACUAGCGCCGCCGGCGCCCGAGGCGCCCGCCAAGCAGCAGUUGCUGGCGUCCGCGGCGGCGCCGGCACCGUCCGACGACGACCAGGGCGCGGACUCCGACUCGGAGGAGGACGAGCCGCCGCCGCCGCAGUCGACGUCGCUGGUGGAGAGCGUGGCAGUGGCGCUGGACUCGGAGGACCCGUUCCGCGACUUCCGCGCGUCCAUGGCGGACAUGGUGGCCGCGCACGGGCUCCGCGACUGGGCGCAGCUCCAGGAGAUGCUGCUCUGGUACCUCCGGAUCAACGGCAAGCACAACCACGCGCUCAUCGUCGGCGCCUUCGUCGACCUGCUCGUCGGAUUCGCCGCCAGCAGCGGCGCGUGCGCGUGCGCGUCCCACUCCCACACCACGACGGCGACGAUGACGACGACGACGACCACGACGACGUCGGCGUGCAGCACCAGCACCACCAGCAGCAGCUCCAGCGCUAGCAGCGGCGACGGCGAUGUUACUGCCGCUGCGACCAGCACGCCCCUGUGGGAGCAAUGCGGCGUCGGGAACGCCGGGGCGUCGUCUGAUCUGGAAGAGGAGGAGGACGAGAAGGCAAACAAGUGCUAGUACCUCGGAUCAACCAGGAGCCUGAUACAAUCAUCCAACUUAGAUGCGAGAAUGGGGUAGCUUCAAAUUAACCCAGCAGUAAUUCCAUCGUGUAUUGUGACUAAAUACGUUUUAUCAUUUUUCUUCCCUGGUUAAACUAAACUUUCCUUUCUCUUUUUUUCCCCUUUGUUUUGGAGUAGUUGUUCGUACUUUAGUAGUAGUAGUAGUAGGUUGGAGGGAUAUAAUUGUAACGUGGUGACUGUGAUGGUGGCAGACCGUUGUCACUUGAUCUCUUUCAGUGGUAGCUAGCUUAAAGAACAAUGCAAAAUUGCACAUA